UAAGCAUCGUGUAUUGGUGCGUCGUCUUCUCAUAUAAGGAUAAGCUGUAACCCCGGGCCUGCGCACAUGUCGGCGACAACCCUUCUUCCCAUUUCCGUGUAAACCAUCAUGACAAGUCUUGCCGAUUUCACAAUAUCCCGGAUUACACCUGAACAAGUUUCAUCUGUCAAAUAUGCUGAGAAGCUUGUUGACGUUUUCCGAGCUGCCACCAACGAUGGCAUCUACGACAAGCUCGGGGCCAGUGUCGCUGGAUAUUUGCAGGACUUGGUUCGUUACAAUUCUAGUAUACUACAAGUAGCUCGCCUCGGUGCAGACGACAGGAGCUAUGUGGUUGGCUUCGCGCUUUUCAAGCUACGCUUCAAGGGCUGGCGUGAUCCAUACUGGGAGUUCACUUCGUCAUCACAGCAAACAGAGCUUCAAGCUAGCAUCUUUGCAGCUGAAGGCAGCACAUUAUCUCCUGUUACCAGAGAAUUUACUGGUGAUCCUGUGUUGCAAGGAUUCAGCGAGAGCCUCAAAAUCGAUGGCCAGACGUUUUCGGAAAUCGAUGAAGACCUUUUAACCACAGUCCUUGAACCGGUCUACAUCUUGCCACAGUAUCAACACAUUGACGGAUUAGCACGAGCACUAGUUCAGCCUAUCAUGAAACACGCGGUCGCCAACCACAUCAAAGUCAUUGCGUAUAAUCGCUUGAAGUAUCAUGAUUACUCCUUGCCCCAAAAGAUAUCAGCCUCGUUCAAACCUCUUUACAACGGGUCCCGAGUUAAGAUACGCGUUGACACUAGGGAGACGCCGGGCUGGACUGGACCCGAGAUUAUUUGGAACCAAGAAUUUCAACUGUUCAGUACAGGACAUGGUCAAGAUGACCCUUAUCCGACUGGUGCUCUGGAAGAGUGGCGAUGAGCUCCAGCAGACCUUGAUAAAUUCAGCCGUUGACUGGCUCUCCUCAGUUUGUUUUAAUUUCCCAGAGUCCUACUAGACUAAUAUUGA